AUGACUCACAGCACUAUCAGAUGGCCAGGAGAGUCACAGGUUAAUUUGAUCACCACUUUGGAAAAGACGACAGCCAUGUUCUUUGCAGAACUUGCGUCACGGAAACACAACUGUGACCAGAAACGGAAACCGAUUAGAGGGAACGAUGAAGUGACCGUUAUCAAAGUGACAAUAACACAACCAGAAAAUACAUGUGGUCAGGGAAGCCUGAUAGGAUAUUCAUUGUCCAUUCCGACCAAAACAUCCUAA